AUGGAUACAUUCAACCCGUCACUGAAACUACUCGGGCUUAGCAGUGCAGCAAAUUGGUGGUGCAGCUCGAUUCUAUGUUGCCAGGAAUCACUCCUCGGUCAAUGCCAGCUUCAGCUUCAAGCUAGCCAUGAAUGGUACUCCUCGAACCACUUCUUUCACUCCAUCUGCCCAUUACUCAUGGUUGCUUUUGACUAG